GUGUGAGUGGAUGGAGUGACGCAGAAGCGCCGAACGGGCAGAUCAUUUCUACAGUCAAGAUGGCGACAUCGGAGCCGAAAGCAGCUGAAACUGAAGAUCAACAGACUGACAGUCAGGUUGUUGCAAAUCCUGAGCAGUAUAUCAAACACCCUUUGCAAAACAGAUGGGCCCUGUGGUUCAAAAAUGACAAGAGCAAAAGCUGGACAGAGAAUCUGCGUCUGAUUUCUAAAUUUGAUACAGUGGAAGACUUUUGGGCGUUAUAUAAUCACAUACAGCAACCAAGCAAACUCGUUGGCUGUGAUUAUUGCUUAUUUAAGGAUGGAAUCAAGCCGAUGUGGGAGGAUGACAGGAAGCUCGGGGGUCGAUGGCUGAUGACCCUCAAUAAACAACAGAGACACAAUGACCUCGACCGCUACUGGAUGGAAACGGUUCUUGUGUUAGUUGGUGAGUCAUUUGAUGAGGCAAGCGACGAUGUGUGUGGAGCUGUGGUCAACGUCAGACAAGGCGACAAAAUAGCCAUCUGGACGAGCAACUGCCAAAACAGGGACGCCAUCAUGACGAUAGGGCAACUUUACAAAGAGCGUCUGAACCUCCCCAUCAAAGCCAUGAUUGGCUACCAGUCACACGACGACACGUCCAGUAAGAGCGGCUCCACCACCAAGAACAUGUACUCCGUUUUGAAAAAACUUCGCCCUCAUUUCAACUUGCUGUAGAUUUAAACAAUUACCAAUCUGCAUCAUCACAUUAAUUUUGAGUUUGUCAACUACUGUAGUGUCCUUUCAUUUAAUUGCAAAGAGAAUUGUUCAUAGUGUGUACAGUUGGAGCUUCCCCCCAACACACGAUUUCAGCAGAGCGAUAGUUAUAAAUAGGGAGGAGGCUGGACAGGAGAAGAGUUUCUGGCUCGCGAUGUCAUAAGAGAGCAAGAGAACACAAAUGAUUUCCUUUUAGAGUUGAAGAGUUCUGUGAUUAAUUCCAGUAACCCUCCCUUAGCUUGAGUUGCAAAAAAAAAAAAAAACUUAACUAUAAGGCCUUGUGUUUUUCUUAUGCCGAGUUCUCACUCCUGACAAAGAGUGAUUCUCACCUCACUGGACAAGAUAGUAGGCAACUUAAUCUUACACAGAACAUGUUUUAAGGGCAGUUUUAACUUGAGUUAUCCAGAAGUGUUCAGCAUGAAUCAGGCUUUCUGUUGCACCAGCUUGAAGAAUCUACAGUAUCUUAAAGGUUUGUAAAAGCUGUGGUCACACUCCAAAAUGCAGGGUUUGGAUUUAAGGCCACUUAUUGUUUCAGCCAUGCUGGAAUUGUGGGAUAUUGCUUGUAGAACUUUUGAACUUUUUUCUUUUCUUCCCCUUACAUUUAUUUAUAAUGUAUGCAUUGCAGUUACUUAGUUGAAAGACAACCAUGAAAGUCGUGUUUUUUCAAAUUGUUUUUUCUUUUUUGUUAUGAAGGUUAAUAAUGUGGACUACUGCAUAUAGAUGACAUUUUUUACAGUGUACCAUACAGUAAAGAUGCUGACAGAAUUAGGUGUGCUUUUCACUGUUUUCUUCCUAACAAAAACUGUAGAUAUUGUCGCACUCCUCUCUCGGCUGAUGCGAAAGAAAGAUGAUAUUCAUUGUGCAAUGAUUUUGCUCAUAAUGUAUCUUUAUUAUCUGUAAUUCCAGGAUGUAUAUUACCUUCUUUCAAGUAAAGGUUAAGUGCUUUGCAUUAAAACCAGAA